AUGGGCUUUCUCUCCGUCUUGCGCGCCAUCAAAGCCUCUGAAAAUGAAGCACGAGUCUUAGUUGUUGGGCUGGACUGCUCUGGCAAGACCACUAUCGUCAGCUCUCUUCUGGGAAAGCCACUUACAGAGAUUGCACCGACUCUUGGUUUCAAAAUCAGCACGUGGCGACCCCAGAACACCUCUAUGGCCGUUGCGCUUUGGGAUGUUGGUGGACAGCAGACCAUCAGAACAUACUGGCGCAACUACUUUUCAUCCACGGAUGCGCUUAUUUGGGUGGUCGAUUCCACAGACCGGCGAAGGAUGGACACAUGUAGAAAGGCACUCAGCGAAGUUCUUCAUGCCGAGCGCCUCCAGGGCUGCCCUGUGAUGAUCCUAUGCAACAAGCAGGACAUACCUUCAGCCUUGUCUGUUGAAGAGAUUUCUGCUGCCAUUACCCUAGAUGCUCUAUGCAGUAAUAGAAAGUGGGCUGUGCUUCCCUGUUCUGCUAUGAGUCGCCAGGGCCUCGAUGAGGCUUUCUCAUGGCUUCUCUCGGAGCUCCUUAUCGAUAGCGGCAAUGCACGUGAAGACGACAACCUGGAGACUGCUAUUUGGUGA